UAUGCAGCUGUGCAGGCCGCUUUUUGCGUGGGCGCGAGAGCCCAUUCAUUUGAAUGGACUCCCGUGCCUCGUGACACGCAGGGAAGAAGUCCCUGCACUUUUUUGGAAAACGCAGCCCGCACUGGAACCUCGGUUCCCAUUACGGUUGCGAUUUCCAGUGCGGGCGGCGUGCCAUUACAUCUAAUGGCAAUCGCCCUCGGGGUCUGCAUUUCUCUGUGCGGCUGCUCUGGUGUUAAUGAAAUUAACAACAGGCGCACUA